AAUAUUUUAAAUUAGAAAUAAAAUAUUAAAAUGGAUGAAGCGAAGUUUCUGAAACGAAAAGUAAGAUCUGGUACUUUAGAUGUACAUCCGACAGAAAAAGCUCUAGUAGUAAAUUAUGAUGUUGAAGCAUUAAUCUUGGGUGAAUUAGGAGAUCCUAUGCUAGGAGAUCGCAAGGAGUGUCAAAAAAUAAUUCGACUAAAAAGUUUAAAUGCAGACACUAAUGUAUCACUUUUAGCUAAGGAAGUGAUUGAAAAAUGUUCUUUAAUACAUGAAUCAAAACUUCGUGAAGUAGAACAACUGAUUUAUUAUCUUCAAAACCGUAAAAUGAAUGAUAGUUGUACAAAUAGUGAUAACAAUUCUCAACCUUCAAGACCAGCAUCAUCAAAUUCAGUAUCUACAGAUAAUGGUGAAACAGAACGUGCUGUAAUCAGUAAUGUUGAUAGCUAUAUUGAAUUAUUAUAUGAAGAAAUACCUGGAAAAAUUAAAGGUUCAUCAUUGAUUUUACGACUAACAAGAAUACCUGACAAUCUUCAUGAACUAACAAAAAAUGAAUCCUUGUUAAGUGCUUUAGCUAGAGUUCUGAGAGAAGACUGGAGGCGCAGUAUAGAAUUAUCUACAAAGAUUGUGUAUAUCUUCUUCUGUUUCUCAACAUAUAGUCAGUUUCACAAUAUUGUUCUUGAAUACCGCAUUGGAUCUUUAUGUAUGGAUAUAAUAGACUUUGAAUUACGUCGAUACGAUCAGUGGAAGGAUGAUAUGGAAAAACGUCGACGGCACUUUGAAAAUACUACGGGAUUAACAUUUUUUUCAAGUGGAAAUGAUAACUAUGACAAGAAAACAAAAAUUGUUGAUGAUAUUUGGAAUACGGAUGGUCCUUUAGAUUACGAAAUUAAAAAGCGGUCUAAUGAAAUAACUCCUACUGUAACUGAAAAUGAUAUUAAAAAAUUAAAAGAAGAACUUGAAAAAAGUCGCAAAAAAUUUAAAAGUUUAACAAAAAAACAGGAACAACUAUUACGUGUUGCUUUUUAUUUAUUGCUAAAUAUCGCCGAAAAUAUGGAAGUUGAAAGAAAGAUGCGCAAAAAAAAUGUAAUUGGUAUGCUAAUCAAAACAUUGGAUAGAGCAAAUACCGAUUUGUUAAUACUUGUUAUUGUAUUUCUAAAGAAGUUGUCUAUAUUUCGUGAAAAUAAAGAUCUUAUGGUAAAGUUUUUCAUGAAAAUUCUAAGUAAUAUUUAAGCAGAUCUUGUCCUAAGUACUUUAAAAUUACUAUUUAAUCUUUCGUUUGAUGCAAAGCUUAGAGCAAAAAUGAUAAGAGUUGGUUUGUUAACAAAGUUAAUUAAAUUACUUGGUCAAAGUGAUAUUAAAAAUAAAACCACAAUUUUGGGUUUAUUAUAUCAUGCCAGUAUGGAUGAUAAAGUAAAAGCUAUGUUCAUAAAUACUGAGUGCAUUCAAAUGAUAACAAAUAUGAUUUUAAACUCUGAAGAUGAUCAACCAAAACUAGAACUAAUAGCGCUUGGUAUAAAUCUGGCAAUUAACAGCAAAAAUGCACAACUUAUGGUAGAAAAUAAUCGUUUGCAAGGACUUAUAAAGAAAGCAUUUCGAACUCAAAAUCCUUUAAUAAUGAAAAUGAUUCGAAAUAUUUCUCAGCAUGAUUCAACAAAAGAGAAUUUUGUUGAAUUUGUCGGUGAUUUCGGCAUGGCUUUAAAACAAUCAGAUUCUCAAGAUUUUGUGCUUGAAGUUAUAGGUGUACUAGGUAAUUUAGAAUUGCCCGUCUUGGAUUAUUCACAAAUACUUCACAUAUGUGAUCUGAUUCCGUGGAUACGCAAUAAUCUUGUUCCAGGGAAAGCACCAGAUGAUUUAGUACUUGAAAUUGUAAUAUUUUUGGGUACGGCGGCUUAUGACGAAGAUUGUGCACGUCUCUUAUGCAAGGCUGACAUAUUAUUGUCUCUUAUUGAACUUCUUAGAGCAAAACAAGAAGAUGAUGAAAUGGUUUUGCAAAUAAUUUAUGUUUUUUAUCAAAUAUCUAAACAUGAUUCAACAAGGGAUUAUUUAAUACGCGAGACUGGCAAUGAAGCACCUGGAUAUUUAAUAGAUCUUAUGCAUGAUAAAAAUCCAGCAAUUAGAAAAAUAUGUGAUGCAUGUUUGGAUGUUAUUGCUACGUGUGAUAAAAAUUGGGCAGCUCGCAUAAAAGUAGAAAAGUUCAGAUCGCAUAAUCAGCAGUGGUUGGAAAUGGUUGAAUCUAUAACAAACGAUGUUAACAAUCAUUUGUUACCCGAAGAAGAUGAUAGCCUUUCACCAUUUAUGAAUGGUGAUCUUUUGAAACAUACAAUGCUAUUUCCAUCUGGUAAUGUGGCAUCAUUUAAUACAGAUGAUCGAUUUUCAAUUAUGAAAAAUUCUUCAGAAUCAUCUGAAAAUCAAAGUCGACCAGUUAGUAGGUAUAAAGAUUUUGAUGAAAUGGGAGAACUUAUGGCACGUUCUAAAUCUCGUAUGUCUGUUGGUUCCGGUAUUGAAGAUCUGUAUUAUAAUUCUAAACUUAAAUUUCCUGAAUCAGAUAGUUCGCAUGUAUUAAUAUAAAAGGUGACGCACUUUGCACGAUCAAAUCAACAAAAUUGACGUCUGUAACAACCCAUACAUGG